GCGCGCUGCUGGCCGGUUGCGCGGCGCGCAUGCUGGGCUGCCAGGGCGCCGACGCAGCGCGCGGCUCGCGGCCGCCGAGCCUCUCAGCGGCCGCUGCUCAGCGACAGAGGCUGGCGCGCCGGGCAGCGGCGGAGAGGCCGCUCUCGGGAGGCCUCGCCCUGCUCGAGACGCUGGCCGCGCGCUCGGACACCGAGCGGAGCUAUCGCCAGCUGCUGCAGACUUUCGUCGACCGGCGCGGGCUCCAUCGGCAGACUUGGAGCAGUUUCGAGGAGAUCGACCUGAUUGUGGCUCAGUACGUCUCGGACCACUACCAGAUGGGCGCGGCCUGCAGCAUCGGCUCCCGGGCCUCGGCCGCAUGGCAGCGGAGGGCGCCAGGGAAGACGCGGCUGCCAUUGCCGCGCGCUGCUGCUCACGCGAUAGCAGGCUUAGCCUUCGCGGCCUAUCUGAGGCCCACGGAAGCCCAGAGCCUAACCAGGGAGAGCCCGGCGCCGCCGACGCCUGCUGCGGAGGUGCAGCGCCGCGGGCGCCGGGCCGCGCAGUCGUCGAUGAGGAUGAGGCGCUGCGGCAAGGAGAGCGCGCUUCUGGACGAGAUCGCGCGGGCGAGCUCGGAGGUGUUCGCCUUCGGAACGCUGGUCGAAGCCCACUUCGCGCAGCUCCCAGAGCCCAGUUUCUACCGAGCCGCAGUCCUGUGCCCAGUGCCCGCGGCGGUGAUGCGCGCGCUGGGUCCGACGCCGGGACAGUUGCGCGGGCGGCACCUGCGGCGGCGGCUGAAGGCUGCGCGGCGCGUGGUGCUCGAGCCGUUCGCCAGCUCUGGGCGGCUGACCGAGGCGGUCAAGCGGCGCGGCCUCCCCGGGCUGUCGCUCGACCUUCGCCACGGAGCGGCAGAGGGCCACCUCUCGAGCGCGUUCAGCUUGACGCUCAGAGGCCAGCUGGCCGCCCGC